CCCAACAGUUGUCACCGGCAUUUCUCUGUACGACCAAUCUGCACUUCACAACCGAAAGAGGGCUGUCAAGGGAGGGAACGCAAAUCUGUAUGUGGCAUAAUAUCAUUGGAUCUCGCAAGCUGUUUGCAACGAAGACAUCAUGCAAGCUUCAAACUUGUGUCUCUUAUCGGUGGCCGUGAUUUAUAUGGUGCUAGCUUGGAGUGAACCUUCCAAUGCCUGUGGAGACGCAAUGUGUACAUGUAGCAACGGAGUUCUCUUGUCGUGCCCAAACGUUGCAUGGCUCUCGGUGAUCCAAAACGGUGUGACGAAUGUCAGUGCCUCAGCAUUUGAGAAUAACACGAACGCUCAGUUAAUAGAUUUGCACCUUAAUAAACUUGUUCACGUACCUGACGGGAUGGUCGACGCCACAUACAACUUAGAGAGUCUAUAUUUGCACCAUAAUAAACUUGUUGACAUACCCGACGGGCUGUUGGACGCCAUACCCAAAUUACUUUACCUAGAUUUGGAAGGUAAUCAACUUACUCGCCUACCUGACGGGCUGUUUGACGCCACACCCAGAUUAAAUACCCUAUAUUUGGGUGAUAAUAAAUUUGUCCAACUACAAGCCGGGCUGUUCGACACCACACCCGGUUUACGACACUUAUUUUUGGAAAAAAAUCAUUUUGUUCACCUACCUGACAGAUGGUUUAAAGCCUUACCCCAAUUAUUUAUCCUGAGUUUGGUUGAUCUUCCCCUCCCCUAUCUUCCCUCUGGAGUGCCUCGAUACACACCUCAAUUACAAUAUAUAUAUCUUGAGCACUCAUUUCCACAAAACCUUCGCUUGUGCGCUAUCAAGUACCCUAAGGAUUUUUCAAAGUCCGAGAACAGAAUAGAUGCAGGUAGUGUAUGGAGUUAUAUUGCUUCAAGUGGUGUGCCACAAGGUAGCAUACUUGGCCCCACGCUCUUCCUGCUUAACGUCUGUGACAUCGACCAGUGCCUAACACCAGGCACUAAGCUGAGCACGUACGCCGAUGAUACUGCAAUGUACCAUCUCGUGCUACCAACUGAUGACCCUGCAAACCCCGGACACAGGCUCCAGGGGGCCCUCGACCGCCUCUACCUGUGGGGAGAAUCGUGGCGCAUCCGCUUCUAG